CAGGAGUGCUGUUUCGGCCUGUUCCGCGGCCGCUCGGUCAUUUUCGCCUCUUUGUUGUACUGAUAGUGGAUUUAACUCGGAUUCAACCCAAUAUCCAGCGGACCGUGCUGCUCCCAAACAGGCUCCAAUGAGAGGCUCUCCAUGAUGAGGAGCUAACACUGUCGGCCGCACAACCACAGGAAGAGACGUGGCUGCUGCACCAUCCACAGUCGACGCAUGGCGGUAUUAGGGCAGAACCCCGACAUGCUGACGAGGAAGAUAAAGCUGUCACACAUCAACGCCCACAUCACAUGUCGUCUGUGUGAUGGCUACCUGAUCGACGCCACCACUGUCACCGAGUGCUUACACACCUUCUGUAGAAGCUGCCUAGUGAAGUAUCUGGAGGAAAACAACACGUGCCCCACGUGUAGGAUUGUUAUUCAUCAGAGCCAUCCACUGCAGUACAUCGGCCAUGACAGAACAAUGCAAGACAUUGUCUACAAGUUGGUACCGGGACUUCAAGAGGCGGAGAUAAAGAAGCAGCGGGACUUUUAUCAGAAGUUGGGGAUGGAGGUGCCUGGAGACAUUAAAGGAGAACUUUGUAACAUGAAGACUCAUCUAGACCAACGCAACGGCGACACAAAAUCAGAGGAGACGGCCAAUAAGGAGGCAGGAGAGGAGAAACCAGAAGAGGACAACGACUAUCAUCGUAGCGACGAGCAGGUCAGCAUCUGCUUGGAGUGCAACAGCAGCAAGCUUCGAGGUCUGAAGCGCAAGUGGAUCCGCUGUUCAGCACAAGCCACAGUCCUCCAUCUCAAGAAGUUCAUCGCCAAAAAGCUUAACCUGACAUCAUUUAAUGAGCUGGACAUUUUAUGCAACGAGGAAAUCUUGGGAAAGGACCACACUUUGAAAUUUGUUGUUGUGACAAGAUGGAGAUUUAAGAAAUCCCCUCUCCUGCUCCAUUACAGACCGAAGAUGGAUCUGCUGUAGCUAAAACGGACAACGGUUGUUUUUUUGUUUUUUGUUUGUUUUUUGGGGGGGGGGUCCAGUGGCCGCGGACUGUGCCGAAACCUUUUUAAUUUAUGCAAAGACGAUCAACCAACACCAAGCAAACACCCGACGGUAAAAGUCAACACAAGCCAGCAAAUCGGGAUCUAAAGAGGGAGGGGGGGACAACUACAACAGGAACUGGCAACCUCCAGCACAGAAACUGCAACACUGGUGUGUUUUUAGGAACUAAAACAACCUUUUUUUUGUCCGCUACAUCCUAGAUAUGUGAACAAAACAAAAAAGAAAAAAAAAAAAAACUAAUGGAGAGAAAGCAUAUAUUUAUACUUUUGUACAGAAGAGACACAUGGAACCAAGACACUACUGGUGCUCUGUUUACACGCAAACAAGAUGUCGGGAAUCACGUGACCGUCUUUUUGAGCUUCAUGCAGAUUUCAUCCUCCGAGACAGAGGAGAGGAAGACAUUUUUUUUUUUUUUUUUUUACAAAAAGGUAUUUGUUCUUUUCCUUCAACAAUACACGUCUUGGGAGCACAGAAAGUAUAUGGAAAAAGUUAUAUAACAGGCAUCAAUUUUAAGCUGUUUAUCAAGUAAAUUGUCUCUGAAUUUUUCUUUUUUUAUUUUCAAUUUGUUGGCUUUGUCUAAUUUGCUAUUGGGUUCUUGAUGAUUGUCAAUUGUGAAUAGGCUAAAAAAAUUUGUGUAGUAAUUUAUGUUCUAUAUACCAAUAUUGUACAUAAAAUGUCAUUACAGAGAGAGAGAGAGAGAGACUGAAGAGAGUAAGAGAGACUUUAGACUGUUAAAAAAAAAAGAGUGGAUCCCAGAAGUGCUAUCUAUAUGUUGGGCGAUAAAUUAGGAUUUUUAAAGACAGACUCACUAUCAGUAUCAAAAAUAUAUAGAUGCAUUUUUAUGUUGUCUGAGAAAGACACAAAACAAAUAUAUCAAAUCCUCUGCCAUUUCUGUGUGUAUGUGGGUAUGUUACAUUGCUCUCAUAGCAUUACGAGACUUCAAGAAAGCUUCCCCCCAUGCUCCUCAUCUCGCCUUUUUUUAUUUGUUUUUAUUUGUUUGGACAUCAUUAUCAACCAAUUCUGUCUUAACAAUAACGCUACUCAAAACACUCAUGUUCAAAAAUGCCUGCAAGACAUAAAAAAUGCAAUAUUUGGGCAGAGAACUUUCAUUUUUAUAGACUUCACACCAUGCAGUCCUUAAUAAUAUCCAUCCCUGUGUGUUUCAGCAGCACCAGGCAGGCAAAUACUGAUACACCCACAUGUUUACAGCUUCUGGGUUGAGCUGCCAGCAGCAGAUGUUGUUUGCACCCCGCACAUCUUUAUAACCAUGCAUUUCAUUCUGCUCCCCCUUUCACCGCAAAAGCUCUCUAAAUGCUGAAAAUUAUUCUGCAACUUGUAAAACUUUUCUUAACCGCUUCAACGACUAAGUGGAGAGUAGAGUUAUCCUAUUCGUCCAAAUCAAAUUCUGGUGUCAAGUAUUGGACAUUUUCUCGCCCACAGGAAGUGAAAUAAGAUUUGUUAAUGGUGAAAUGUGGUAACCUGCAAGCUUUCCUCGACUUCUUGGUAUGAAUCAUCACAGACGGCUCGGUUUCGAUUGACAGGACUGCAGAUAGCUGACGUCACGUUGUGUUUAUGGGGUAUUUUUAAGUUACUUCUCACUGCCAGUUGGAUAUUAUUUUUUGUCACAGAAUCAGUAUAAAGGCCGGCUGCAUUCACACCAAGUUAGACACAGCAGUGAUUUGUGCAGGCUUGUGUGACGGUGUGGGAGUGUCAUUCAUUUGUGUUCCCCAUGGUGCUAACAUUUAGCCGUGCUGCUAGAAUGCCGGGUCAUACGAGUGAUUGUCUAUCGGAUUAAAAUGACACAUUUACCUGGAUGCAAGGUGCAUGAAAACGGACAUUUUUUAAACUGGUGCACAAGAUCAAAACAUAACGUUACACCCCUUUGUGUUCGGUAUUAUCUUCAGUUACAUGAUUGGCCUUUGACAUUGGGUUGCAUUUCUCCAAAACUUUAUUCCGUCUUAACUUUGCUACGUCUUUUUCUCCCGACGCUCCUAACCGCUGCAGCCUGAACUCACAUUUAAAUAAAUGGCAGGACUGGCGUUUUGACCACGGCGCCUGAUUUGGUGUGAAUGCAUCCUAAAACUUUGACUUUAUUUGCAGGAUAGCCCAGUGUUCAAUACUGUUGACUUCACAAGACACAAGUUUCUGAGUAUUUUUGAGAACUCGUAAAUUCAGGUUUCGCACAGGGAGGUUUUUUGAGCAUUUUGAUAAUGAAAUUCUGAAUAAAAAUGACUACUGUUUGGUCAUUUGGUGCUUAUAAAUGUAUGUUUCUAAGUCCUGAGGAGGAUUGUUCCUUGGGAAUGUGCUGUUCUUAACUGUGUGACACAGCAAACCAAUGUUCUGUUCAAACAGCUAAAUGUCUUUAAUCGCAACAUUCAAAGCAAACUGCUAAACUGUCUUUAACGUUACCACAACUGGAUCCCGAAACGCCAUGUCAGACCUCAAGUAGUAUUACCUCACUGACCUGUCUGUAACUAACCCUUUGCAUUGCAUCUGCCCACUACAAACUGUUCCUCUGUGUGAUCACAUGCAGGGUUCCUGUGCAGCAUCAGGCUCCUGGCAAAAUAUUCAUUUGACAACUUUCUUGAAACUGGAUAAUAAGUCUGAAAAGUUGGACACGGAUAUGAAAAUGCUCCUUUGAUUCCAAGUAUUAUUUGGAGUUUUGCAUCAUGAUUUACAGGCAAAAUAUUUUGGAAAUAGGUAAAUGUAUGGGAGCCCUGCUUCAUAAGGACCUAUGACAUGUUUAUAGCCUACAGGUCUGUAUCGAACCAGCUCAACCAAAACUCCUCCCACAGUCGUUCAUCUCUGCAUGUUUCAGUUCUCGUUUUACAGUACCCUUUAUGUUUCAGGACCCUUAAUCCAGUAACCUCCACUCUGUAAAGUGCUCAUUGUUUUUGGCUUUUAUUUCGGCAUCUAAAAUCAUCUUUUUAAAAAAGUUUAACAUGCAAUUGAGUUGCACUAGGUGCUUGGAUCCUGGUAUACCUGGGUGAAAAUACGAUUCUACAAAAAUAAUUUGCAGCUACAUUCUGCAUUUUCCAAUUACUGCAAGUCUUGUGAUUUCUCCCUGUUUUCCUCUUCCUGUGUAUUUCUGUACACAUUCUGUGAACUUUGUGAUUGUAACAACCCUUUUGAUGAGCAGAAACAGACAAUAAUCAAUUUUAAUUGUUUUUCCCCCAGGUAAAAAUGGAAAAGAAAAUAGUCAGAAUUUUAUAAUCGGCUCUAAAGAAUUGAUUUAAAGCCAAAAACAAUGAUCGCCAACUAGUCAGCUCACGGAAGAGUAUUGUGUUAGAAAAUACCUGCAGAAAUAAUGUAAUAAUGAGCACUGUCAUGUCUUUUUACGUGCAGACUUGGUGUUUUAAAGGCUUGUACGCAGGUCUGAGGUGGACCUCACACUGAUCUGGUUUGCAGUUUGGGGGAAAAUGCUGUUUAACCCUGGUGUCUGACAUCCCAAAUGUUUAUUUUGACAUUCAGCUAUCGACCAGAGUCCUCGUCCUGUUGUGUCCUCAUGGUGCUCCAGUCUGUUGAUGAUGAAAUCUCUUAACAUUGUACAUAAGCUUUUUCCUCAGGUGAUUAAGCUGUUAAAGCACCCAACACAUGGUGCUACUACAAACGCAAACAAAUGUCAUCAACACGUACAUUUCUGUAUCAUGCAGAGCUGCGUUCUGUUUAGAAGGACAUGCAUUGAAACAAAAGGUUACAUCUGUAUGUGUGUUCAUUUUUUAACCCAGUUUUUUUUUUUAAGCAGCUGUGUUCACACUGCUGCACCUUUUUUGUGUCUAAUGUUUUCUCUUCACAUCAGAUUUUUCCUCACUGCUGUGAAGAGGGAAAUGACACUGGUAACACUGAGUAUAAAUACACUUGCAAAAGAGAAAAUGGGCACAAAGAUUUCAGUCAACAAGCAGCAGUUAGCAUCUGUUUUACUGCUUUUUUUUCUUGUACUUUCACACAGUCGAGACAAAAAUCUGAUGUUUUCAACACAAAAGGCAGCAGUGUGAACAAAGUGUGUGUUUUUUUUUAAUUUAGUUUAAAAAAUCCUGUGAUCUGUGUGACGGACUGGGAUCCUGAUGGGACUGAGAGGGGUUUUUGCCACAGUGACGGUCAGAAAUAAUCCGUCUCUGGCGCUGGUGCUUCCUUUGGUGCUAACAACUCCUCGUUCAGACUCGUUCAAGAAAGAUUCAAUCAGAGACAGAAAGGCACUGUGUCGCAGUUCUCCUGUCACUUCCCCCCCUCACAUUGAACUUGUUUGUGCUCGAGUCCUCUGUUGUCUUUUCUUUGGAGCCAUCUUGCUGUGCAGAUACAGAAGGUGCUGGCUUUUCCUCCCCUUCUCAUUGAUUUGUUGGGUUUGGUGUGCCCACUUGCCUUGGCUUGCUCUGGAGAGAAUUUUUAAUAAGUCAUAGACUGUGACGGGGCUGAUGCUGUGAAGAAUACAAGGAAUCUGGUGAGAAAAUGGGUGUGCUAGCUGCAAUUUCCUGCCUCUGAGAGAAAGUCACACUUAUUAGAGGCUUCUCCGGUGAGAUGUUUGCACCUCCUCAGAUUCAGAUUGAAGAGGUGCAUUAAAUACAGUUUCAAUUUUCCCAAAGUUCUCUUGACCUGGCUGCUUCUUAAACCUCCUGUGCACCAGAAUGGAUCGAUGUUGCGCUUUUCUUGACAUUGAGACAUCAGUGCCGCUACACUUGACAGCCAAACUAAGAGGCUUACAGCAGGCCGGACUCUGCUUGCUGCAGAUAGGGGUCGGUCUCGUCUCUGAAAGGUCUCCGUAGCGGAGGGAGUCCGUCCUCUGUCAGAGAUUCAGCUCCCUGCCUCAUUUUCUCUGCUUUGACCUUGAGCACCUGUCAGCCUGUUUGUUAUCUGCGCGAGGCUCGGGCGAGCCGAGUAUAAUUUCAAUUCGAGGUGGUUUCUCCGCUUCACUUGGACUGACAGUACCAGCAGAACACCCCUCCACCGUGAUGAGAAGACAAGUAAACAAUUCUUCUUUGUACAGUCUCUGAAUGCAGCAACGUUCAUUUCAGGCUUUUUGGCAGCAGAAUCAAUCCUGGCAACUUAAGAAGACUCUUCUAUGUUCACUCCACUGUAAUAAGUGUCCACUCUGGGAGUGCGAUAGCUUUCUUUGUGGCCCAGCUCACACUCUCCCUCAUUUCUUUAAAGCUCAGUAAUCUCACAGGCAGGCAGAGAAGGAGACCUCGAGGGUCACUCUGAUGGCAAACACUCCAAAACAUGUACACUGUCUGCACCGCACCGCUGCAGCUGAUGCCGUCUCUAAAGGACUGCUCGGCUCUGAACUGCGCCACGCUCAAGUGCACUGAAUCUCGCCGCCAUGGGUGGUGCAGCUUGAAGAACAAACGACUGAUUAAGUUCCGGAAUGUUUUACCACUUCAGGAUGGCGACUGUUGCUUUUAGAGAUUGUUCACUGGCGGUCGGAUCGGCAAAGUCCUUUUUUCAGAAGACGCACUGGUUGAAAUUAACAUGUGACCUUUGACUUUUGUGUCCGAGAUUGAGAUUGUUGGGUUCAGUAAUUCCUGAACGAAUUGGGAAAUAAGUCAAAAAGGACUUCACAGUGGCAUCCCCCCCUCCCCCCCUCCCCCCCCACCCCCCAUGAGCCAUAGCAGAUGUCGUCAAUAAAUCUGUCCAUUUCUUCUUUUUUUUUAUUAUUGUUAUUUAUUUAUGCUGAAAAAGUGACUUCUGCAGUAGUUUUGAAUUUUUUAAAUGAGAUUUGCUCUCCUAUUUGUCCAUAAAUUUCUAUUUCUCUCUUGUUUUGUGUGUGGAACCUCUAUACCAGACUCAUUAAAAUGGCUUAAAUUAUGAAUUUGCGAUUGAAAUCCUUUUUCUUUUUUGUAUUUUUAUUCCAGGUGUGUUCAUGUCUACGAGAUGCUCUGUCUGUGUAUAACAAACACAUAGGUGUCUUCUUUUUUUUUUUUAGGUCAAGCGCAAAAAAACAGCUAAAAACAAGAAAAAAACUAAAUUGUGUGAAUUCUGGCGAUGUGGUUAUUGUAUUUGCAAGGAAGAUGUGCAAUAUGCGGUUCUCAGAUGGUUCCAGGUUUCAGCUAGAACAUUUUACUUUUGAUUGUUUUUGGUUUUUCCAGUCAGUUCCUCAGGUCACUAAAUGCCUUCUGGUCCUGAGGGUGACCAGGAAAUCUCAGAACAUACACUAAUGCACCCGAAAUACAAAACGACUGGAUUUUAUUUUAGUCUUGUCUCUCUCUCUUGUCGUUCCUCCCCCCGUUUAUUCCGUGAAGAUUUUCUCAGACUUUUGUUUUUAUUUUUAUUUUCAGGUUAACACAGGCACUUAUUCAGGUGUCCUUUUCCUUGCCUCCUUUUUUUGUAUUAUUGUUAUUUAUUGCACAUGUAAUGAACUGGUUUCCAUUGCCACAUUGAAUUCAAGGAGUUUUGGGUCUAGAAUGGGGUUGGAAUUUCUUACGUACAAAACUACAGAAGCUUUUGUCAAAACCUAAGUGUGUAUUUCAUCAAUAAAUGCCUUUAAAAGUG